GACAGCGCCGGUCAGCUAUUUCCCGUCUUCGUCGUUUGUUUCGCUGCCGGCGUCAAACUCGCCGCCAUGUUUAAGGUCGGUACUACUCAGGAACUCAUGGCUAUGACCAUUAUGGAUUCUCCUACUCAGAACAACCACCAAAGAAAGAAUAAUAGCCAGUUUCUUGAAUCAUAUGAGGACUGUAUGGAAGCUCCAGCAUUUCAUCUUCAGGAGGCUGCUAUGUUGCAUAAAUUUGCAGAAGCUGCUUAUAGUUUAUUGCCCUUCUUUGACAUUUUUCAGGGAUCAGCCAAACAAUAUCAAGGAAUCGUUGACUGUGUUCAAACAAUUGUAAGGGAGGAAGGAGCUCCUGCUCUCUUAAAGGGUAUUGGGCCAAGAGUGUUGUGGAUAGGUAUUGGAGGUUCAAUCUUCUUUGGUGUCCUCGAGAGCACUAAGAGAACACUUGCACAGAGACGUCCCAAUACGGUUAAAGAAACCAAAGAGGAAUAAGUUUCUGGCCGAACAAGAAAAUGAGUGAAAGUUGAUAAUGUUUCACAUUCAACCCCCUUUGUGAGUUCUAUGUGGUCGGAGUUUGUUUAAGUACCAAUGACCAAUUCAACUUUCAUGAAAAAAAGAGUGUUCAUUUCUUGAUUAUAUUUGACAUUUAAAAUUAGCUUCUUCUUUGUUUUCUGAAGUGUUCUUCUCUUUCCUUAGUUUUUAGAUUUGAUCUAAUCAUAAAUGGUAUUAUAGAAG